AUGACCACCGAGCUUAAUAACGUUUACGAGACGAUAGAUGAUGCAGAAUCCUAUAUCAAGAGGAAUAAACUUAGUAGAGCCAUUGAGCUUUUCGAAAAUGCAUCUAAACAACUUGAUGCUAUAAAUUCCAUGGAGAGUUUACCUGAAAACAUACAUAAUGCCAUAGUUUUACUGCGGGAAGACAUCGAUGCAAGAGUAAAAGAACUAGGAAUGUUGCAAGAAGCUCAAUCUACUUCUGAAAGUUCUGAGAUCGGUAGCAAUUCCAGUUUAAGUCGUUUUAUGAUGGAUGGAAGUUUUUAUCACAAUGGCAAUAGUCUGUUUCUAACUGACCCUCUAUUAUCGUCUAUCACCAGUAAGUUAGAAAAUAACGUCAUAAGAUCCAUAACGUCUAAACAAACUGAUAAGGUGAUCAAGAAUGAGGUAGCACAGCAGUUUGCUCAAUUUAGAAGAGAAUUAUCUGUAUACGAACAGAAAAAGUCGAGAGAUUAUGAAGCCAAAUCAGAACAGGUUAUGAAGGAGAAUAAAAAGCUUUUAAAUCAAGUAAAUCGAUUAAAAGAGAGAUGGGAUAGUCUAGUGGAAAGUGCAAAGCAGAAGAGGAAUCAACAGCAAGCAUAA